AGCUGAGCGAAUUCACUUCUUAUAUAGGAAAAGGUUAUUUGAAAUAUCGAUUUCCACAACACUUUCAAAAACAUGGAAAUCGGAGACUAGUUAACGUUUCUGCAGUUCCACCUACCAAAUCAUAUUCUCUUCAACGCUAUUCAGUUUUUAUGCGAAAGAUUUUUCCAUAAAGACGUCGAAAAACUGGGAAUGCAAUUGGGUUUCACUUUUGGAGGAAGAAAUUUCCAUAAUGUGUCACUGGGUCAAGGUCAAGAACCCAUAGCGGAAGAAGCCAUAGAACUUUCCGCGAACGAAGGCCAUUGGGUAAUUUUGCAAAAUGUCCAUUUGGUGAGGAAAUGGUUGCCUACAUUAGAAAAAAAGAUGGAACAGUGCUCGGAGAAUCCACAUGAUGAUUAUCGAUUGUUCAUUAGUGCGGAACCCAGUCCUGAUCCUCAUGAAUCGAUAAUACCUCAGGUAAUAAACAAUUGUAUAAUUUGAAAAAGCAAAAGAAAAUAUGCACUUUUAAUUAAGUUAACACGUGCUAAUUAUAUUCUUUAACCGUCCGUCGGUAAUAUGGUCUUUCUAUAACGCGGUCGGCAUUACAGGUCCUUCAGUAACUGGUCUAAUUUCUUACUGUUUUUUUGCCUUAAUAAAACCUAAGAAAAUUCUGAGGUACCUAUUAUAGACCCAAAUUCACUAUAUAAGUGAUACUUUAGCCAAUAAAUAAGUAGAUAAUGUCGAUAGGAAAGACUGAUUACUAAAUUUAAGGUUCG